AUGAUGUUGUUUAAGUGGAUUGAGAAUACUCGAGGGUCACAAUCAGGGACAGUAUCUUCUCAAAAAUGUUCUUUUGAAACAUGUCUUAUUUCUUCUGAUGGUAAUGAUAAACUUUUUGGCUUUGAAAACUUUGGAAAUACAUGUUAUGUAAAUUCGAUACUUCAAAUCCUAUACUAUUCAAAACCCUUUCGUUAUGCUGUGGUCCGGUAUCCUGAACCUAUUAGUCUGUUUCCUGUUCCAUCAAGUGCGAAAACUUCAGAUUAUUCUGCUGUACGUUCAGAGAAAUCUUUUACAUCUUUAAAUUUACCUUUUAUUACUUCGACACGCUUUUCCUCAACACUCUUUGGUAUGCCAUUUCAUAAAAAUAAUGGUUCCUCAAUAGAUGAAACUUUAUCUUCUAAUAAUAUUGAAACAUAUAAAAAAAGGCUUCUUACAGAAAAAUUUAAUGUGAAUGUUGAUUCAUCUUAUUGUUCCAGAUAUGGAAUGAAAGAAUCUCUAUUUACUUGUGUUAGAGACAUUUUUGCCACUAUUAUUCAAUCUCAUGUUAAGGAUGGAAUAUGUUCCCCAACUAGAUUUAUUGAAGUUUUGCGUCGUGAAAAUGAACAUUUUCGUAGUAACUUACAUCAGGAUGCUCAUGAGUUUUUUAAUUAUUUAUUAAACUCUAUACUUGAAUCUAUAGAAGAAUAUGAUAAAUCAAAUAUCAAUACAAAUAGUAACUUUAUAUCUAAUGAUAAAAGUGCUCAAUAUGUUUCUGCAAAAUGGGUCCAUUCAAUUUUUGAAGGUUUACUCACUAGUAAGACUCAGUGUCUUACUUGUGGAAAUAUUACUUCUCGUGACGAAUCUUUUCUUGAUCUUUCUAUUGACGUUAGCAAAAAUACGUCCGUUACGUCAUGUCUUAAUGCUUUCUUUGCCCCAGAGAUGCUUUGUGAGAAAAAUAAAUUUCAUUGUGACUUUUGUGGAAAUCUACAGGAAGCUGAAAAAUGUGUGAAAAUAAAACGUCUUCCAGAAAUAUUAACUUUACAUUUGAAACGAUUUAAAUGUGCUGAAGAAAAUGGAGAUUAUAAAUUUUUUAAGCUUUUUCAUACAGUUGUAUACCCUUACCACUUGAGGUUAUCAAAUAUUGCAAAUGAUGUAAAUGAUUCUGAUCGCCUUUAUGAACUUUAUGCUGUUGUAGUCCAUCUUGGCAGUGGACCAUGUCAUGGACAUUAUGUUUCUGUGAUUAAAACAGAAUCAGGUUGGACUUUAUUUGAUGAUGAACGUGUAGAACCCGUUAACGAUUUGUUUGUUCGACGAUUUUUUGGUGAUUUCCCUGGAGAAGCAACUGCUUAUGUUCUUUUUUAUCAAACAGUUAAUGUGGAUUCACAAGAUGGAUCUAAUUCUUUUGAUGUGAAGACACUUUCCGGAACUUUAAAACAACAACAUGCUGCUGAACUUGCAUUUAGUUUUCCAAAUUUUCAUGAACAAACUUUUGGACCUGCAAUUAUGAAUUCAGUUUUACCAGAUAAAAUAAAUACUGGUUUAGCAUCAUUACUUACUAAGCCUGAAGUUCAAGCUCCUCUUCAACUACUUCAGCCACUCGAACCAGUGUUUUCUACAGAGCAACCUCUUAAUUCAAACAAAAGAUCAUUAUUAGGAAAUGUAUAUGAUCCUCUUUAUCAGCCUUUUUUGCCUGAUAUUAGCAUGUGUUUGAAGAAUAAUGGCUUUAAGGAAAGUUCUGUCAAACUAGGAAAUAUGGAAAAAAAGGAAAAUGUAUUUACGCGAUAA